AUGUCGGAGCGGGACGACGCCGUCAGCCUCCGCGUCGGGUGCGCCGCCGCCCUGUCCCCGGCCAAGACCCUCCUCGACUCCCUCGCCGUCCUCCUCCGCAACAAGCGGCUCUUCCUCUCCCUCUUCGCCGCCGCCGCCCUCCCCCUGUCCGUCCUCCUCUUCUCCCUCGCCGUCUCCGCCCAUCCGCUCCAGUCCCGCGUCCUCCACCUCGAGUCCCUCGCCCGCCUCGCCCCGACCCGGUUCGAGUCCCGCCAGGUCCUCAAGGAGUCCCGCGCCGCCGCCCUCUCCCUCCUCCGCCUCCGCGCCUCCUACUCCCUCCCCUCCCUCGCCCUCUCCCUCGCCGCCGCCGUCUCCGCCGUCGGCGCCGCCCACGCCUCCCUCUCCGGCAGGCGACCCACCCUCCGCUCCUCCCUCUCCCCCGUCCGGGAGAAGUUCCCCCGCGCCCUCGCCACCGCGAUCUGCGUCCACGCCUCGAUGUGGAUCUACCUCAGCGUGCCCGCCACGCUGGUCGCCGUGACCGGCUCGCGGGGCGGCGCGCGGUUCCUGAUCGUGGCCGCCGGGCUGGCGGCGGAGAUCUACCUGGCGGCCGUCCUGGGGCUGGGGAUGGUGGUGUCGGUGGUGGAGGAGCGGUUCGGGUGGGGGGCGAUCCGGGCCGGGUGGGGCCUGAUGGGGGAGGGGGGCAGGCGGAGGUGGGGCGGGUGGGCCCUGUCGGGCUUCUUCGCGGCGCUGACCGGGUGGAUCUGGCGGGCGGCGGAGGUGAAGAUGGACGGGCAGGACUGGGGGUCGGUGGAGGGGAUGGUGAGGUGGACGGUGGGGGUGAGGUGGCGGGCGUGGCUGAUCCCGGCGUACGGAGGGGUGGUGCUGUGGAGCUACGUGGCGGCCACGGUGUUCUACUGCGAGUGCACCAAGAGGCGGCCCCCCGCCGCCGGCGGCGUCAGCAGCAGCAAUAGGGGAGGACGAGGAGGAGGAGAGGGCGAGAUGAUCCCGCUCGCAAUCGCGGAUCACACCGACCCGUAA